GCUUGGAUGGACGCGCGGAGGCUGCCCGGGGGUCCAGGGGUCUUGCUUCCAAAGUUGGUUCUGCUCUUUGUGUGUGCAGAUGAUUGUCUUGCUCAAUGUGGCAAAGACUGCAGAUCUUACUGCUGCGAUGGGACCACACCCUACUGUUGCUCCUACUAUGCCUAUAUUGGGAAUAUCCUGUCGGGGACGGCAAUCGCCGGCAUCGUCUUUGGAAUCGUGUUUAUCAUGGGGGUCAUCGCGGGCAUCGCCAUAUGCAUCUGCAUGUGCGUGAAGAACAACCGCGGGACCCGCGUGGGCGUCAUCAGCUCCGCCCGCAUCAAUGCCAUAGCCUCCUACCCUGUGGCACCGCCCCCCUAUAGUUACAACCAUGAGAUGGACUACUGUGCAGAACUGCCUCCUCCCUACUCGCCAGCCCCGCCAGCUUCAGCACAGCGUUCCCCACCCCCGCCUUAUCCUGGACAUUCACGGAAAUAAUCCUUCUCCUGGAAGAGAAUAUGCGCAGCCACAGAUCUUGCCCUGAAUAAAAUGCCUCUCCUCCGAAACAGACAGGAAUGGAUUGCUGCAAGGAACAGUCCUUUGGGUCAAACAAGGUUUCCAGUGGAACGGCCGGGCUAAGAGACACAGAGUUUUCCACCCUUCUCAGAGCGGACCCCAUCUGGAGCACGGUGUUAGGUUCGAUGGAACCCCUUGGAAG